CAAAGCCCUGGCCCUUUUAACAAAACUCCAGUCUACGCGCCGCGAAGGCGGCAAGAGGAAGUCUCGCAACUCAACCGGAAGCCCGAGAAGGGAAAGGCCCGCGAGGGCUGUCGAGAGGCGUGGUUUUUCAAGCAGGCGCGUCCCCUCCCUUGGCGCCAGUGCGCGUGCGCUGCCUCCGUCAGCCAAGGUCGGGAACAUGGCUGCGCGGGCUUUGUGGGCGGUCCGGCGGCGGGUGCAGAGUCUGUUGGCCUCGACUGCUCAGUCCUGUAGCAGGGAAUGGCUGUGUCCUUUUAGUACUGCCACCCAGAGGACUGCUGGUGAUGACUGCAGCUCUGAGGACCCUCCUGAUGAGCUUGGGCCAUCUCUGGCUGAACGAGCUUUAAGACUAAAAGCUAUUAAACUGGAGAAGGAAGUCCAGGAUUUAACAGUGAGAUGCCAGAGAGCUGUGGCUGAUUCUGAAAACAUAAGGAGGCGAACCCAAAGAUGUGUCGAAGACGCCAAGAUAUUUGGAAUCCAGAGUUUCUGUAAAGACUUGGUGGAGGUGGCAGACAUUUUGGAGAAGACUACAGAGUACAUUUCUGGAGAAAAAGAGCCUGGGGACCAGAAGCUCACUCUGGAGAAGGUCUUCCAAGGGUUGUCACUUUUGGAAGCAAAGCUGAAAAGCGUGUUUGCCAAGCAUGGCCUGGAGAAGAUGACACCCAUUGGUGACAAAUAUGACCCUCAUGAGCAUGAACUCAUCUGUCAUGUGCCAGCUGGUAUUGGGGUACAGCCUGGCACUGUGGCAUUAGUAAGGCAAGAUGGCUACAAACUUCAUGGCCGCACCAUUAGACUUGCCCAGGUAGAAGUGGCUGUGGAGUCUCAGAGAAGACUGUGAAUGAGCCAUCAGGAACUGAAUGUUCUCCCAGAGUGCAGUCACACGUGUGUUUCCUUUAUUUAUUAAACGAGGUUUGUAUUGUA